UUCCCCCGGGGGCAUUUUCAGUUGCCCAGAGAGCUCCCUGACCCGGGGGUUUCACGGCGUCAAUUCAGGGAAUGCGAGCAUGCACUGUGUAGCUAAGAUCGGCUCGGGGAGUCAUGUGCUUGCAUAUCUUGGAAGCAACUGGUGAAGACUUGACAGGAAUCCACGUCCCAGUUCUCAGUCCAGCUUCCUGUGCGGGAGUCAUUGCUGUGUACGAUCCAUGCCGCUGCACUUUCCUGAUGGAUUCCGUUCACGCCCAAACUGAUGGACCAGAGGACCUGGAGGAUGAGGAGGGCCCCACAGCGCCACCUAUCGAAAUGCUGGACCAGGUGACGGGCUACGAGGGGACAGUCGCCGGUGGUGGUGGAAACUAUAUCUGUCCACCAACUCAUCCAUUGGACAAGACGGAGCGAGCGCAGCCCCAGCUGGAGUGGAGAAUUCCGUCCAUCACUGAAGAUGCAGCGAGAGAGGCGUUGGCGCAGUUUGCGGCAGCUCACUGCUGUUACAGCCGCAGACCCACCCAAGAGAUGGUCUUUCAGGACCUCACGCCAUUCAAUAUGUACAGGUAUCGUCUGGAGACCUUCACUGAAUCCCGGCUAACUGAAUGGACUCAUGUACCCUUUACUGGCCAAUCUGUGGACAGCAGUGCGUGUGGAACCCCUCCCCUUCCAUGGGACAUCACAGUCGAGGUACCCCUGAUGUUUCAGGACUUCACGAAGAAAGUCCCAGUUCCUCACACUGCAGCUGUCAAGCGCUGCCACAAGUGCAAGGGCAGAGGGAAGUACCGGUGUUCACAGUGCGGCGGAAAAGGAAAGCUGAAGUGCCUGUCAUGUGGAGGGCGAGGACUGUCACAUGGAAAUAAGAGGUGCAUCCAGUGUGGGGGGAGUGGAUCAAAAAGGUGUGGGCCUUGUCUAGGCCGAGGCACUCGAUCCUGCCAUGUCUGCAAAACCAGUGGCCAGCUGCUGUUCUACAUUCAGCUGACAAUAAAAUGGACCAAUAAUGUCUUUGAACAGGUGGCUGACCAACAAAUUGGACUUCCCGUGACACUCUUCAGUAAUGUGACAGGGCAGAAUGUCUUUGCCGAUGAAAACUACCAGGUCUAUCCCAUAGUUGGUUUUCCAGACUCUCUAAUUGAUCGAAUCUCCCAACACGGAGUUCAGGAACACCAGGACAAGUUUGGAAGGACCAUGUGUAUUCUCCAACAGCGGCAGACAAUCGAACUUAUUCCCGUGACCAAAGUGCACUUCCAAUGGAAAAGUCAAGAACACAAUUACUUUGUGUACGGCACAGAAAACAAUGUCCACGCUCCAGACUAUCCCGGCAAGUGCCACUGCAACAUUCUCUGAUCCCUUCUUUUCAGUGUCUUUGCACGGAUAUUUGUUUGUCUGAUCUGGCUCACUCGGAGAGUGGGGAGAGGUCCGAUGGUGUUACUUAGAAGAACAAGAGAUGAACUGCUGUGUUUCAACAUCACGUUCCUUCCCCUCCAUCAACACCAGCAGAAGAAAUUCCCAGACAUCUCAUUGGUGUUUAAGGUUUUGGUAAUUCGGCUGCAUAAUUCUACUGCUGCCUUUCACCAUCCUUUAUUGCACUCAAACUACUUUGAGAGGCUUCAUGGAAAUGUAUAUUUAGAUUUUCAACCACUCCCAGGAACAUAGAGUUUCAUUUUUCACAUUUAAAAUCUAUUGGAAAAAGUACACCUCUGCCAAAUCUGAUUGCUGCAUCUGUACAAACUAGCAAAGCCAUUGGAUCAAUGAUUUGACCUCAUCACUUGCCAUUGAAGUGUUCCUAUUGGCCUAGAAAGGGGAGAAAUUAAUCAGGAUUUUAUACACCUAUUCAUAACCCAGAACCUCACCGCUUCUACACCCCUCUACCCUACCCUUCCAUCACAAUGUGUUCACACCUGGAUACAGUUCUGGCCAGCACCAGCCUCUGGCUGUGCUUUCUUUUAUAUCUGUGUUGAUUCUGAGCACUGGUGGUAUGGCUGCCAAUUAUUAUCCAUCCCUCAAUGCCCCUGUGGAGGUAGUGCCAAGCAUUGCUAAAUAGCCAACUGAUAAGGUUAGCCUUCCUUUGCUCUCAACCAUGCACAAUUGGAUUAUACAGUAGUAGUAGUAGUAGUACAGGAGAGUCAAGACUCAGCUACUGGUACUCUUCUGAAGCCUGAGGAUCUCCCAGUAGGAGUUGGAGUGCUUGUACAUGGCGCAGUGAUGGCCACUUAUGCAUGUGAUGAGAGAGGGUCACAGGCAGACUCCAUAAAUAAUCUGCUGAAGAAACUCAGCAGGUUGAGCAGCAUCUGUGGGAGGAAAGGAAUUGUCGACGUUUCAGGUCAAAACUCUGGCUCAGGAUCCAAAACGUUGACAAUUCUUCUCCUCCCACAGACGCUGCUUGACCUGCUGAGCUUCUUCAGCAGAUGAACUCCCCGUCGUAAGCAGGCUCACACUGCUCUCUCAGCCAUUACCAUCCCUGUCCAUCAUCACCUUACCUUGGGUAAACAGCAUGCAUCCACCUGAAGGAGUAUGUGAAGAGAAUGGUAGCCCCUGUGCCUGACUCAAUGCAGCCAUAAAACCCCUGACUCCACAUUAAAUACCUCAAAAAGGCAUCAAAUGAUCUGAGGUAGUUGAGGCCUGACAUGUGAUUCUACCUUCUUCGGCAGCUGGGUUUUCAGGGGAACUAUUGACCAAGGUUCAUGAGCUGAAAUACAUUGUGAUGCCAACCAGCAGCCAGGUGUGAAGUGUUGAGGGACCCAGCAGUUUACUGGAGAAUGCUGCCUGACUGGUACCAGAGGACUACUGGUGUUUGCAAAACCAUAUCUCAGUUUGAGCCAGCAUGGUCAAUGAAAGAGGGGAUGAGAAAGAAAAAAAUGAUUCAUAUAUUGUUCAAAACAUUUUUUAAUGUGUAAAAAUAUAAACAUUGUAUAUUCAUAUUGUGUUGGGUAACAAAAUAUGUAAAUAUUCUACACACUAUUUGUCACAGAAUAAAACUAUGAAUGUGUUCUAUCUGUAAUGAAGUUUAAAAAAUCAAUCCAUUUAAAAACACAAGGCAAUAUAUGGAUAAAUGUAAAUAUUUAUUUGAAUAAAAUAUGCAUUUUCAAUUUUGUAUA